UUGGGUUUUUAUGUAAAAAGUUCAAGCUGGGUACAGGAGGAAUAAUUGGAACUGAGAUGCCUCUGAGAAAAUCUCUAGCCAAAGCAAACUUUGUUAACACCUCAUCCUCCACUUAUCAGACAAUGGUCGGUCAGUAUGCCAAGACAUCCUAUUAUCAAGCUACAAGUCAGGCUAGCCACAAUGGUCACAGUGUAUUCCGCUCUAUAUUACCAGACUGCUGUUUAUCGCGUGAUGACAAGGAGACACAAUCCGAGGCAAAUUACCUACCUGCUACAACAUCACAAAGAUCUGUUGAGGGGGGUAUGGAGGAACUGGCAGCGGCUCUGCUUCCGAUAAAGACUUCCAAUACGGAGUUCGAGGAGUAUGUGGAACAUAAAUUUCCACAGCAGAUCAUCACCAAAUCGUUACCAAAAUUGCAGAAAGCCAAUUCGUUUGCAGGCUUUCAAAAUGUUCCACACACAAUUAGGAGAUCCACUUCAUUGAUACUUGACUUGGCCUAUAUGCCUGGACAGUUCUUAAGCAUGGAGGUUCCCACUGCAUCGCGGUUAGCACUGAACAAUCAAAUUACACAACCAUCAAAAGUAUACUCUCAAAGUUCACCACAAUUAGCCACUGACUCCCUAAGUACCCCACCAUUCAACAUUGAUUCCUCAUACUUAUCACUGGCAGACACUAGCCUUCAGCAAACAGACAGUGACAAUCAGGUUUCACCAUCAAGAGAUAUUGAUCUUCAGAGUCUAUGGCCACCAAAUGCUAACUUUCACAGUUCACCAUCAUCUGAAACUGACUUUCAAGGUACAGUGCCACCAGACCAUGACCUUCAAAGUUCACCAUCAUUUGCUUUUGACCUUCAGGGUACCCAUCCACCAGAUAUUGACCACUGGAGUACAACAUCAUCAGACACUUACUCUCAUAGUUCAUUUUCACGACACAUUGACCCUUGGAGCUCACCAUCAUCUGAUAUCAGCUGUCAAACUCCACAGCAAUCGGACACUGACCCUCUGAGUUCACUUUCAUCAGAAACAGACUCUGUGAUUCCAUGGCAAUUAAACACGGACUUACCUCAUCUCUCUCUAUCUGUUUGGUACUCCCCUAGUCUGUCAUCGUCAGUCACAGAUUCGUCCAACCUCUCAACACCAGUAACAAUUUCCCCACAUCUCCCAUCAGUAAUCAUGGACUCCCCACAUCUCUCACCAUCAGUUGUGGAAUCCCCAGAUCUCCUGCCACCAAUCACGGACGCUCACCUGGUCUGCCAUUGCUCACGAGCUCCCAAUAUCUCCUGCCAUCAGCCUUGGCCUCCCCAAGUUUCCUGCCAUCAAACACUGACUUGCAUUGUCCAUGAACAACAGACAUUGACUUCCCAUAUUUCUUGCUGUCAGUUAUGGAAUCCCCGCAAAACUUAGCAGUCAUGAACUUCUCACAUUCACUGCUAGUCAUGGGCUGACUUGCCAAGUCUCUUGCCAUUGGGCAAUGACUUGCCACAUAUCUUGUCGUCAGUUAUGAACUCCCUACAUCAUCCACCAUUACUCACGAUAUUGUCAUUUUCAGCAAACUCUCAGUCAUAACCAGUGCUAUCUGGCAUAUCUGUGCAAUGAUGUAUCAUGCAUUAAUCACAGAGAACAAAACUGACUGGUGUGCAGGUCUUUAAACACAUUAGCUGCUGUGAAAUGGAAGUAGUGCAGCCAUUCACAUGAUAACUGGCUGUUGCCAUUGACAUCUCCACAACCAGAGUUCAUCAGCUUAUCAGAGCUGCAGCUACAUAAAAUUUCCUGAUAUUUUUCUCAGAUACUGGAGAUCUCCUCUCUCUCUAAAAGGGAAGAGAUUGAAGCUCAGUAACAAUACAACCAUUUUUGAUUUGUAUUUUGUGUAGUUUCAGUUGAUUACUGUACUCAAGUAUAAUGAAAAAAUUUUGGCUUCAAGAAAUUUUCCAUAUCUGAGACAAUAAAAUGAAGCUCUGCAAUAA